GUGCUGGUAGCAGUUCCAGGAAGCCGGGCGCAGAACUAUUUGACCAUCAUGCCGUGCGAUAGGCUGACAAGUGGAUCCAAGAUGGCGUAGAAAGUAAAGCUAGACACUCUGUCCCAGAGUCAUGGAGGACAGGAGGCCACAGAAGUCAUGUGAAGAAGCCAUUGGAUCAUUAGUGAGGCGGGAGUAUGAGGCGGCGGUGGCCCACAGCACGGAGGCCCUGCUGGCCUUAGCGCCGUGCCCCCCAACCCCCAACACGGCCCUCCUCCGCAGGCGUGCUCUGCUCUACCGGAUUGCAGCCCUGCUCCAGCUGAAGGACUAUGAUCAAGCUGAUGAGGACUGUAAGCAUGUGCUUGCUGAGGAGUUGGGGAAGGGAGAGGGGAGUUUCCGGGCUGGGCUUCAGAACAUGUUGCUGGAUGGAAGCCUACAGGAGGUCUUCAGCAUUCUCUCGAAAGCGCUGUAUGGAGAACCGCUGAAUGGAAUUGUGGCUAAGGAUAUGACGAGGUUGAAAAUACUCCUCUCUGAAAUUGAGGCCGUAAACAGUAAGAUGGUGACAGAGCUGCCGGAGGAGAGCGAGGAAGAUGUUCUCGAGGGCUGGCAGUUCCGGCCUCCGCCUCGAGGGGUCACUAGCAGUGAGGAGUACACAUUGUGCAAAAGGUUUCUAGAGCAGGGUCUGUGUCGGUACGGGGCUCAGUGCACAUCAGCCCAUUCUCAGGAGGAGCUGACUGAGUGGCAGCGGCGCUAUGCCUCCAGACUCAUCCGCCUGAAGCAGCAGCAGGAAGGGAAGCACUACACGGAAAACUACAUGGAGGCGCUCAUCGAGAAGUGGAUCAACUCUCUUAGUCCAGAGAAAGUGCUCAAUGACUGUGUGGAUGGAGUUACAGUGGAACAUAGCUCAGAUCUGUCAGUCACUGUCAACACCAAAAAAUCAUCCCAUUCCUGGACGUUCUCACUUUACUGCAAGCCUGCUCGCACCCUGCACCGGAUCGCCCUCCUGUACGACGCCAACAGGCCACAUUUUUCCAUCAUGGCUGUUUCAGCGGGAGACACCUCCACCCAGGUGCCCCAGCAGGUGUGUGAAGGCGGAUGUCAGGAGUGGAGCGGAGCAGGCCUUGUGCAGAACGGCAUGGAUCACUGCCUCUACACCGUGGAGGUGGCCUUCAGCACCGAGAUCUUUGGGACCUUCCGGCAAACUGUGGUCUUUGACUUCGGCUCUGAACCUGUGUUAAUGCAGAGGGUAAUGGUGGAUGCAGCGUCCAUUGAAGACCUAGAACACUUGUUGCAGGCCCGCCAGCAGCUCCUGAUGACAGCAAAGCGCUGGGAUUCGUCCUGCAAGACUAUUGUGGAGUUUGUCCCCAGUGAGAACAUGGAACUGGAGCGUAGUCUGCUGAGCCGUUAUCAGAUUCCACUCUCUGCUGACCAGCUCUUUACACAGUCUGUGCUGGACAAGUCUCUUACUCGUGAGAACUACCAGUCGCGCCUCCACGACCUGCUCUACAUCGAGGAGAUCGCUCAGUACAAGGAAGUCAGCAAGUUCAACAUCAAGGUGAAUCUGCAGCUAGUCUCCAGCUUCAUGCUGACUGGCAUCUCUGGGGGUGCCAAGUACGCUCAAAAUGGGCAACUGUUUGCACGCUUCAAACUGGCAGAGACGCUGUCAGAGGACACGCUGGCUGGCAGAUUGGUAAUGACCAAGGUGAACUCUGUGCUCCUGCUGCCUGUGAGCCGGGAGCAGGCAGGCCAGGGUCAGCCCACCAGCACCAAGGAGCGCGUCUAUGAGGCUCUGAUAGAAGAGAAGACCAAGGACUACAUCUUCCUGCGCAUCUGCAAGGACUGCUGCGAGGAGCUCAGUCUGGCACCUGACAGAGAGCUACAGGUGGAGCUGCAGUUCCAGCUCAACAGACUGCCUCUGUGUGAAAUGCACUAUGCUUUGGACCGGCUCCGAGACAACAACAUCCUCUUCCCCGACAUCAGCCUCACCCCCACAAUCCCCUGGAGCCCCAACAGGCAAUGGGACGAGCAGCUGGAUCCUCGUCUGAACGCCAAACAGAAGGAAGCCAUUCUGGCCAUCACCACACCCCUCUCCAUCAACCUCCCCCCUGUGCUUAUCAUUGGACCCUAUGGCACAGGCAAAACCUUCACAUUGGCCCAGGCCGUUAAGCACAUCCUCAAGCAGCCUGACACACGGGUCCUCAUCUGCACCCAUUCAAACAGUGCCGCAGAUCUGUAUAUAAAGGACUACCUUCAUCCAUAUGUGGAGGCAGGCAAUCCUCACGCAAGACCUCUCAGGGUUUACUUCAGGAACCGCUGGGUGAAGACAGUGCACCCGUUGGUACAGCAGUAUUGCCUGAUCUCUGGAGCUUACUUCACCUUCCAGAUGCCCACUCGGCAGGACAUAGAGCAGCACAGAGUGGUGGUAGUGACACUUAGCACCUCCCAGUACCUCUGUCAGCUUGAUCUAGAGCCUGGGCUCUUCACACACAUUCUGUUGGACGAGGCAGCCCAGGCCAUGGAGUGCGAGACCAUCAUGCCGCUGGCAUUGGCCAGUAAGAGCACACGCAUCGUCCUAGCUGGAGACCACAUGCAGCUGAGUCCGUUUGUGUACAGUGAGUUUGCACGGGAGAGGAACCUGCAUGUGUCUCUACUCGACCGGCUGUACGAGCACUAUCCCUCUGAGUAUCCCUGCAGGAUCCUGCUGUGUGAAAACUACCGCUCCCAUGAGGCAAUCAUCAACUAUACGUCGGACCUGUUUUAUGAGGGCAAGCUGAUGGCCAGUGGCAAGCAGCCUCCCCAUAAGGACUUCUACCCUCUGACCUUCUUCACGGCCCGUGGGGAGGAUGUGCAGGAGAAGAACAGCACGGCCUACUACAACAACGCUGAGGUGUUUGAGAUCGUGGAGCGUGUGGAGGAAAUGAGGAAGAAGUGGCCAGUGGCCUGGGGAAAGCUUGACGAGGGCAGCAUUGGUGUGGUGUCGCCCUAUGCUGACCAGGUCUUUCGCAUCCGUGCCGAGCUCCGCAAGAAGCGAAUGCCUGAGGUCAGCGUGGAGAGAGUGCUCAAUGUCCAGGGUAAGCAGUUUCGAGUGCUGUUCCUGAGCACCGUUCGCACCCGCCACACCUGCAAGCACAAGCAGACUGCCAUCAAAAGGAAGGAGCAGCUGGUGGAGGACUCCACAGAGGACCUGGACUACGGCUUCUUGUCCAACUACAAACUUCUUAACACUGCCAUCACGCGUGCCCAGUCCCUGGUGGCCGUCGUGGGAGACCCUAUCGCGCUAUGCUCUGUGGGCCGUUGCAGAAAGUUCUGGGAAACGUUCAUCUCCAUCUGCCAUGAGAACAGCAGUCUGCACGGCAUCACAUUUGAGCAGAUCAAGGCCCAGCUGGAGGCUCUAGAGCUGAAGAAAACCUAUGUACUGAACCCGUUGGCCCCUGAGUUUAUCCCCCGUGCCCUGAGACCCCAACGCCCUCAGGGUCCUGGCAAGCACCAGCAUUCACCACCAAAGGCGAAAGGACAGCUUGCCAAUCACGCAGAGCACUUCCCUCCUGAAGGCUUCGUUCAGCCCAGUGCUGCUGUGUUGAUGGGAAAUCCCAUCCAGGCUUUCACUCCACCCGGAGGAGGAGCACCUGCCGGCGGGAAGUCGCCCAGCCCUGUCCAACGCAUCGACCCCCACACUGGAGCCAGCAUCCUCUACGUGCCCGCUGUUUAUGGAGGCAACAUGGUCAUGCCCAUGCCUCUGCCGUUACCAUGGCCGAGCUACCAAAGCCGCUUUGCCGUGGACCCCCGCUUCAUGAGCCACCCGGCAGCCAUGGCGGCCUAUAACCUGAACCUGCGGCCAGCGGCCAGUCGGGCAUCUCCUGUUCUGUAUGGCCUGAGUCAGCCCUCUCCGCUCGGCCUUGCCCAGGCACCCACCACCGACAAGGAGCUGCUACAGGAACCCAGCGGCAACGGGAAGGUUGAUAUUAAUGGAAAAGUGGAGCAUAGCAGGCUGCUGACACCUGAAAGAAAAGCCCCUGAACUGAAGGAGAAACAGGGAGAGCCUGAGCCAGUUCAGAACAAAAGCCCUGAGACCCACGCUGGCCUGGGCUUCCCUGCCGGCCGCCUCCUUCGUAAAGAAGUGCCGGCUCAGCGUUCACUCAACUUCCACCUGGCCCCGCCCCACCCAGCCUUCCCUCCCCAUCCUCCCGGUGCCCCCUUUGCACAGCAGUACGGCCUCCCCAGACCUCCUCUCCGCAUGCAGGCACAGCACCCAGGGCCCAUGCACCCACAGCACCCACAGCCCUCCGCCUUCCCUCCCUCCUUCUUCAGUGGCCACCCACUGGGCCAGCGCAGCCUGCAGUCUCCUGGGCUAGAGGGGCUGGAAGGAGGGGAGGGCCUAGUGGGGGCUGUGCCUGAGGAACUGAAGAGUGUAGUGAGAGGACUACCCCCUCAGCCCCAACCGCAACCACAUCAGCAACCCACACGCCUCAACAGCUUUGGGGAGGAGAGCCUGGAUUCUCUGCUGGGAGAUGCUCUGGAUGGACAGAGCUGUUCGGGGCUAGAUGCUCUGGGUGCCCAACAGCAGCAGCAACAGCAGGCAGCACGUCUGGGACAUUGGAACGAACCCGGGCCCUUCCUGCAGGGUGCUGGGCCUCCGUUCCCUCUGGCCCAGCAGCUGGCACAUCUCGGCCAACCAGGCCUACGGCUCCCACAGCAGCUCCUCCGGCCCAACUGGGGCCUGGACCCCACCCCAGAAGACGAGCCCCGACCACCCAUGCCCAGGUAUCCUGGACUGCUGCGAGAGAUGCUCCCUCAGGAGCCGUUCGAGCAGCGGGAAGUCGUAGACAUGCCGCCCCCACAGUCCCGGCUGCUGCAGUACAGGCAGGUCCAGCAGCCCCGCAGCCCAGGAGAACUGCCCUCUCCCUCCUCCACCACUUCCAGCUCCCACAACCAUACGUCGACCCCAGGGGCCUUCCCUUAUCCAGAGACCAGCCGCGAUCUCCCCUCCACCAUGCAACCCUUCCACCAGCAUCAGGCUUUCAGCCAGGCCACCUUUUCCCUGCCCCCUGAGCACACAGCUGGCCCCCUGCCUGUCAAAUACCUCCUCCCUGAAACCCACUGGCCUCAUGCUGGCCUGCAGCAGAGUCAGGUGCUGGGCCCCCCUCUGCCCUUCGGCCUGCAGUCCAUAGGCCCUCGGCAGGAGCAGGGCCCCCUCGGGCAGCUGCAGCACCAGCAGCAGAAACAGCAGCAGCAGCUCCAGGCCCAACAGAGUACUCUGCAAAGUGUAGAAGAGUAUGAACCACGAGGACCUGGUCGGCCACUGUACCAGAGGCGCAUCUCUUCCAGCUCUCCUCAGCCGUACCCGGAGAGCGUGGUCCCGUGUAAGGACCCUCAGGACCACCCCACACCCUCCUACAGAUACCCCCCAGCAGACUUGUGGCCCGGCACCAGUGGCCCCGCCCCCAUCCCGGGCCCUGCUCCUCUCCACAACAUUCCAUGCAAUGGAGCGAGCCACCUCGUCCCUCACAGGGACAUUUUAGUUUCUAAGGCGAUGAACGCUGUGGAGGAGCACAGUCAGGCCGAAUGUCUGCAGCAACCGCCCCACCCCACUAGCCUCACGUCUCUCCAGCACCAUGGACAGUUCCCACCCCUCAUGCCCAGCAAGCAGACACCUCCAGACCCCGGAGGAGGGGGCAACACCAGCCCAGGAGGCCCCCAGGCCUCUACUCACUCCAAGCCCCCCACCAUGUCCUACGCCAGCGCCCUUCGAGCCCCCCCAAAACCCCGGCCACUGCCCGAGCAGGUCAAAAAGAACAGCGACCCCAUCUCUCUGUUAAAAGACCUUAGCAUAGGGAGUUCAAAUAGUAGCAAUGGGUAUUACUCGUAUUUUAAAUAAGUGAAUAUAUAUGAAAUAUAUACACCUGUUAAAGUGAAAACGAUUAAAAAAAAUAGAAUAACAAUCUAAAAAAAAAACUCAACAGUAAAAAAAAAUGUCUUUUGAUUUUGUCAGUUAGUUAGACUUUUGCGUUUUAUUAUUUUUUACUUACUUUAGUUAGUUGGUUCUUUUACAGUUUGACAUCUGUGGUUUUACAAACGGAAAUCAGCAUAUAUAUCAAGAAAUACCAAAAUGUUGAAGAAAAACACACACAAAAAAAUUUAUGAAAACAAAAAAGAUUUUUAAAAACACAGUGAAUUGGUUGACCACUUAGCUGCCUGUCUUUCUUUUCCUCUAAUUAUGUCUGCUCUAUUUGCAUCUACUAUCAGAAGUAAACUUGUUGAAGUGAUUUUUUUUUUUCCCCCAGCUGGCUUUUUUAAUGAUGAGUUCCUUAAUCAUUAUAGGUGUGUUUUCUUGUGCCAGCAGCUCAGUGGUGAACCAACUCAGACAAAAAUAUUAUAAAAAGUUGUAUAGCUGUAGACAAACUUUUCUCAAACUGUACAUAAGAAUAAAGGAAUAAAAGAGAUGAAUGCUGUGUGCUUCAUUUCGCAUACCACAGAAAAA